AUGGAUGAUCCGGGCCCGUCUCGGCGCGAGCCAUUCAUCAAGGUGCAGUCCUUUCUCGACAACCGACUGUCGCAGAUCGCCGAAUUGACAUCGGCUUCUCGGAACGAUUCGCUGGUGAAGAAUGAAGUAACACGGGGCCCCCGCACCGCCCUGCAGCGCAUGCCACGCCACAUGCGCCGCCGCGCGAUGAGCUACGAUUCCAGGCGCUUCCCGCGGCUGCUCCGCUGCCAGGCGCUGAAAACGAAAAAGAAGAUCAAGUCGCCGCGCCACUUGCGCAGGCGCUACCAGCUGAAGAUUUCGCGCGGCAAGAAGAUUGGAUGGCUGGAAACUCAUUUAUGGCAUGCCAAGCGACACGAGAUGUGCACAAAGUGGGGCAGGGUGAUCGCGGAAAAGUGCUAUCAGCGUGGAUUUCGGUCAACAUUUCGGGCGAUCGAGCGGUUUGCGGCCGUCCACGACAUCUCCUACACGCAGUGCUUUCAGCUCACGACAACUUCCGGUUGGGACGGUGGGCCUGGUCCACUCAUCGACGGGUUACUGAAGAUUUGCCGCCUCAGGAAGGAAGAGCUUCUGGAGACAAUUCCUGGCAAAUUCGAGGCGCACACCGAGCUUUUCCACCCGGUCACCCGGCUGUCGUACGGUCCGGCCAGGAUCUCCAUCCACCGCGCAGACACCGGCUCAUCUCUCGUCAUUUGGGUGCAUCCGGCCGCCGCUGGCUAUGUAAAGGAUCUCCUGAACGAGAUCUACAACCUGGAGAGCCCGGAAAAAGCGGAAAUUCAGCUCCACGAUCUGAAAGGCGAGUUCUGUCGUUUCCGGCUUUUCGGCCCGAUGGCGCUGGCGACGCUGAGGGCGGCGUUUGUGUUGGCGAAUCCUGCCGAGGCUUCGAAAUAUCGUGACAACCACGCCCAAUGGGAAGCAAUAACGGAUUCUGAUCGCUUGGCUGACGGCUCGAUCAUCUCGCUGCUUGUUCAGGACGUACGUGUCGCGAUCCCGGCGCGACGGACGUCACCCAUUCUACAACAACAGGGACACGAUGAAGCUUCUCGUGAUGGCUGCACAGCUUCAGUGGUUCCCGACGUCUACGAUGCUGACGAGCGUGAAAAGGCGCGGGCGGCUCGCAUCAGCGACGGGCAGCUGAAUGCCGAUCGUGGGAAAGCUGCUAGGCAGUUGGCGGCUAAAAGCAAUAUGCCGGUGCUGAUCGUCCGCCUCGGAGCUGCCGAGCGUCGCGGCAUUUUGAGCGGAUUUGACAUCAUCGCGCCACGCGGCUUUGCCCGAGAUAUCUGGCGGGCGCUGCAGAUGCGGAAUUGCCGGUCGAUGUCGUUGCGAGACUACCGUGCAGCCCACCUCGAGAUCCAGGCGCCGUAUUUCCCCGAGGAUUGCGUCGACUUUGUGGGGUACAAGGAGCUGGCGAGGGAGGACACGCUACGAGUUGAGACGAGAUACAGCGCGCGUCCACCCCACGAGAGGUCCAAUUUUGUGGACCUCGGCGUGCCGUUCCCCUUCUGCUUCGAGUGGGAAUUGCUCUGGAAAGAGCUGAUGGGCCAUCAAGAAUUCCGAGUGCCUCGUCAAUUUUACCUCUAUCCAAAACCCAACGAUUGUCUGUUGCCGAUUCGCAUUCUCAUGCUGGCCGGGUCACUUCCGGAAAAAUUCUCAUUGAUCUGCGCCCCAAAUCUCGAGGAGAAGCGCCGCAUUCUGCAGGGCGAUCGCUCGUUGACCCUAGAAGAAGUCCCAAGGAAAAAGAAGAAGCUGGCCGGAGCCCCGGAAAAACCUAUUCCUGUGCGCCCAAAAGACCCCCUGAGCGGGUUUGUCGAGCUGGACGUCACCAAGAAGGAGCAAAACGCGCCCAUCCGCCCGCUUUUCGGCUUAUCGAGGACGCUCACCAAAAAAAACGCCUCGCUUCUGGAGCUGCCGAAAAAGGCCGACACGCAGCGUAAGGUGGCGGAGAAAGGGGCUGCCAAGAAAACUGAAGAAGAAGGAAAAGAAGACAAACCCCGGCCGUAUCACAGCACUUGUUCUCGAACAAUUAUCGGCCGAGUGGUGCGUGGCGGCCGUUCUCAAAGUACGCUCUCCGGCGUUGGAUACGGCUACGUACCGUACAAGCUCUUCAAGCAGUUGCCGAUGACGCACGACGGUGCCGUGGCCUGGAUUCGAACGAACAACUCGGUGCACUACCACUUGGCCAAGCUCACCAUCGACCCGGCGCCGCAUAUCGAUUUU